UUUUUUUGUUCUUCUUCUUCGUGUUCUUCUUCCUGUUUGGUGCCACUCUUUGUCUCUACGUACAAUACAAUACAAAUAGAAAUACAAAUACAAAUACAAACCCAAAAUAAAAGGGUUCAAAAUUCCGUCGAGGGAAUUAGAGCUUGCAAAGACGGGGUUUUUUUUUAUGGGUGGUGGGGAUUAAUUAAAAUCUCUUCUUGGAAAUCUAAUAAUAACCAGCAUUUCCAAUCACGGUCCACGAAGGAAUUUUGUGGGCUGGUUGAAGAAGGAAAAAGAAAAGGAAAAAGAAAAAGAAAAAGAGAAAAAAAAAGAAGAAAUUUGAGGGGAAAAUGGUUGAGAGCAAAGGGGAGAAAGGGAGAAGCGAAGGGGAGCAUCAUCAUCUUGCAAGUGGCGACGGCGGCUGCGACGGCGGAGGGAGGGCGUUGAAGAAAGGACCGUGGACGGCGGCGGAAGAUGGGAUCUUGAUUGAAUAUGUGAAGAAACACGGUGAAGGGAAUUGGAACGCGGUUCAGAAACAUACGGGAUUGGCUCGGUGUGGGAAGAGUUGUCGGCUCCGUUGGGCUAACCAUUUGAGGCCUAAUCUCAAAAAGGGUUCUUUUUCUCAGGAGGAAGAAAGGGUCAUCAUUGAACUUCAUGCUAAGCUUGGCAAUAAAUGGGCUCGCAUGGCUGCUCAGUUACCUGGAAGAACCGACAACGAAAUUAAGAAUUACUGGAACACCCGAAUGAAGCGUCGCCAAAGGGCCGGUUUGCCGCUUUACCCUCUUGAAAUUCAGCAGGAAGCGAUGGCGUUUCAUCUCCAGCAACAUCAACACCACCACCACCAACAACAACAACAGCACCACUCUUCCUCUGCCGCCGCGGUUGCCACCAACUUCUCUGCCAUUCGACAUAAACCCGAUUUCAACAACAACCACCCAAAUUCUGUUUCGAUCUUCAACUUCUCUUCAUCAAUCGACAAUUCCCAGAAGAAUUUCAGCGAUGGGUCGUCGCUUUAUGCGGCACCCACCAGCCAAUUCAAUUUUUUUCCCGAAAAUAACAACGGUGGUAGAUUUGCUCUGCCUCUUUCCCCUGUUUCUCCAUUUUCACAAAUUGGGCAACAGAUGAAUCAAUCCCUCUCGACCCCACCGCAGGCCUCCUUCCAGUUGAAUUAUGGAGAUUAUUAUGUGUGUAAUUCUAAUUCGGGUCUGAAUUCGAUGAUUCUUGGAGCUCCGUACCAUCACCUGAUUCCGGGGUUGGAAACAGAGCUUCCUUCAAUCCAAACGCCGCCGCUCUCCACCACUCCGGCCUCCUCCGGGACAAGCGGCGGCGAUGGGAUCAUGGUGGGAACAAACAGUGGAUUGCUUGACGUUGUACUGCAGGAGGCCGAAGCGCGGUCUCGUAAUGAGAAGCAGUCGAAAGAAGAAACCUCCUCCGCCGGGGAGUUGAAACAGAGGACAGAACAAGGAUCUACAGAGGAAGAUGAUGCUAAUUUACAUGCAGAAUCAGUUUUAGGAAGCAGUGGCGGAGAGGAGGCCGCCGCCGCCGCUGAAAAUUAUUCCGAUGAGUUCAGCUCCUCGUAUUCAUCAUCUCGAAAGAAACCAAGAAUGGAACCAUUAGAGGAGAUGAACUCAAUGGACGACGAUGACUUAAUGAGCCUACUCAACAACUUCCAAUCGGGAAUGCCGGUGCCAGAGUGGUACCCUGGCAGCAGCGACGACGACCUCGGCAUCAACCUGCACAACGGGCCGUCCUCGCGCAAAUUGAAUGGCAACGGAGAAGAAGACGUUUCAUCGUCGCGGGUGCUCGAAUGGAGCCUUGGGUCGUCUUGUUGGAACAACAUGCCCAGCAUUUGCUAGGGGAUGGAUGGGAGCUUCCAUUGAAAUCGGCGUAUUACUCCUUCAACAAGGC